CAAGGACACACAGUAGACGCAAGAAGAAGAAAAAAACAAACAAAAAACGGUAAGUUAAAAAAACAACAACAUGUCUCUGGAGUUGACGUUCAAUCCUGAUGUCCAGCUGACGGAGAUGAUGCGUCUGCGCGUUCAGUCUCUACAACAACGAGGACAGAAACGUCAAGACGGAGAGCGUCUCCUCAAGUCCAACGAGCACGUCUACAGUCUGGACUUCUCCGAACAGGCCUUGCAUUUCACCUGCUGGAACAUCUGCAUUUCCAGCCCGGGACGCCUGAACAUCAUCGCCACUUCCCAGCUCUGGACGCCCGACCUCACACACCUGAUGACCCGGCAGCUCCUGGAACCCACCGGACUCUUCUGGAGGAGCGCAGACGACGAGAACAUCCAGUGUUAUGAGGCCGACGCACAGGAGUUUGGUGAAAGGAUAGCAGAGCUGGCCAAAGUGCGAAAGGUGAUGUAUUUCCUGUUCGCCUUUGAAGACGGCUUGAGUCCGGAGAGCGUGGAAUGCUCCAUUGAAUUCCAGACCUCCAAGUGAGAGAAAAUGAAGGGUACAACGGCUCUCUUCUGGUCAGUCUGUUCCAGCUUAAUGUAGUUGAAUAUUUUAGAAAAUUAUUGCAAAAUUGGUCAAAUUAUGACCAAGUUGUUCUAAGUAAGCUGAAUUUGAUUUGAUUGUUUCAAAUCAUACAACUAUAAAUAUAAAAUACCAAGCUAAUAAUACACGAAUUAAUUAAAAUGGGUUCCUAAAGACCUAUGAAAUUAGAUAUAAUGAGGUCUUUAAAAGUUGCAUUUCUUUAAAGUUUGACCAGAUUUAUUUAUUUGAUUUCUCAAAUUUGGCUGCUUUUCUGAAUUUGAUGAGACUUUAAGGGAGUUAUAACGCAAUUUAAAUGAAACUAAUAACUCAGGAAUAAAUUGAAAUGUGUUCGUAAAUACUAAUAUAAAUAGAAUUGGUUUAUAUUAAUUAAUUAAGAUGGUCUUGGGCGUUUUUAGCUUUUUAGCUGCUUUUGUGACUUUGUUGAUGGAUAUAACCUACUGUAAAUGCAGUUAAAGUUAAAAUGUGUUCCUAAAUAUGUAUAAAAUUAAAUUUAAGUUAUAAUA